UAAGGAAUGAUGUACAGCGACCCCAAGGUCAAACUGUACGUGGACGGCAUCUUUUUCUACUUGCUUCCGUCCCUCGUGUGCAUUGUUCUCUACUGUUUCACAGGAUACCAGCUGAUGAAGUCCAAGGGUAACAAGAAGGUGCGUAACCGGAAUCUCACAAUAGCAUUUCUCCUUUCCAAUCUGAUCUGGAUCAUAGUUUGGAUUCCUCAAAUGUAUGCGGCAUCUUUAACCGUGUUCAAACAGCUCUCUUUUGCGGAGACCAUGAAGCAACCCUUCUCCUAUUACAUCAUCAACAGAUACAGGUUUCUGAGUUAUGUAUCUCACUCUUACGCGAACCCAAUUCUGGUUCUGUUCAUCUCGAAGAGGUUCCAGGAGCCAAUCAAGCGACUGGGAAUCUGGGGCAAGAUCCAGUCCACCUAUUCUGGUGUGGCAAGCACCGCUGGAUCAUCUGGAAUGCGUGCGGGGUCAUUAAAAGCAGAGCAAUCCACGAACACUGGAGGAAACAGUCGCAAUUCAGAAGCAAAACUGAAGCCAUGAAAUUAUUACAUAAUUCAUUAUAAGGCCAAACUGUGCAAUUUGUGAAUUGAAAGCGGAUUCCGCAACAGGCUUAAAAAAGAUUGUUACAAAAUCUUGAGUUUUGAUAACUAUUUCCCGACCUAUUUGUAACACCAUUGCAACCAAAUCUUUAA